GUGUACUGGAAAAAUCAGGACAUCUAUUUGUCACUUGGGACGCAUCCUCUGGCUUGCAUUCAGAGAUCGCUUAGGUUGAGGUUAUCACUGAGCCACGACUCACCAGUCUGUCCCAGCUUCGACCUCAUCUGCCCUGUGCAUGAACACAUGCACGCGGACAUGCAUGCAUGCAUGCGCAUGCACGCUUGGACGCACAGAAACACGCGCGAUCUAACACUUCCCUGCAGAGACAUGGACGAAUGAGCGAGCGAAAACACACACCCACACACCCACACACACACACGCAAAAUAAUGAGAGAGAGAGAGAGAGGGAUACACAGAUGUGACAGUCUGAGCACUGAAGACCCUUUGAAGAGGAUGCUUGAGCGUGAUGCCUCCGUGACCGCGCGCGCGCGCGUGUGAGUGUCACCCUGACCGUGUGUGUGGGUUGAGUUAGCCUAGUGUGUUAGAGAAAGUGUUGGCACCAGUGUGUAAGCUCUCAGACCUCAGACUCCGGCGGCUGCACGAAAGCGCAGGUUGAAGUUGAAGGCGCUUAUAAUGUUAACAGCACUGCUAUGAACCCGUAGCCUAGCUGGAAGCCAGCUCCAUGAUGAUUCAUGAUGAAGGAGAGAGAGCUUACGAGAAGAAGGAUGUGACCCAGUAAAUGAAUUAGAAUCAUGCCUACAUCGCUGCUACAUCUCAAAAGUUGACAAGGACCUUCGACUAGAGCAGUCCGCCAAUUACAGUGAAAAGAGACGUCACAAUGCCUGACACUUACCUUCUCCCUCCUGCCCCGCCUCUUGCCAUCCUAAACUGCUCCUCCCCCAACUGUACCCUUGCCAACUUUUCGGCAUUUCAUGGUGACGAGUGCCAUGCCGACCAGCCCUUAUUUGUGACCCUUGCUGUGGCCUACAUUGCUGUAGCCUUGCUGGGAGUGACUGGUAAUUUGGCAUUGAUUGUUUUGAUCUGGAGUCAACGUGAACUCUCCAAUGCCACUAGCGUGCUUAUUGCCAACCUGUCAGCCUCGGACUUGCUGAUGGCAGUAAUCUCCCUGCCUUUCACAUUUGUCUACACGUUCAUGGACCACUGGAUAUUUGGUAGUGCCAUGUGCAAGAUCAACAGCCUAGUGCAGUGCACCUCUGUCUCUGUCUCCAUCUUCUCCCUUGUGCUGAUUGCCGUUGAGCGCCACCAGCUGAUCGUGCGACCACGUGGCUGGAGACCCAGUGCAUUCCAUGCCUGCCUGGGUGUUGGCCUCAGCUGGGCUCUGGCCCUGCUCACUGCCAUGCCUUUUCUACUCUUCUCCAUUACCACUGAUGCACCCCUGCAGCAGCUGCCCGCCAUUAUGCGUGAGCACUACCAAGGCAAGGUGGUGUGUAUGGAGCAGUGGCCUUCACGCCAAUUCAGGCUUGCCUACACCACCACCAUGUUGCUGCUGCAGUAUGUUGCACCCCUCACUUUCAUCUUCAUUUGCUACCUGAAGAUCUACGUCCGUCUGAGGCAGCGGAAGAGUGUGAUGGAGCGAAUGCGUGAGAACAAGUACCGCAGCCAUGAGACAAAGCGUAUCAACGUCAUGCUGUUCUCCAUCGUGGUGGCCUUCGCUAUCUGCUGGCUGCCGCUCAACGUCUUCAACGCUGUCGUCGACUGGAACCACGAAGCGACCAUGAACUGUACCCACAACCCCCUGUUCUUGCUGUGCCAUCUGACUGCCAUGUGCUCCAUCUGCAUCAACCCCAUCUUCUACGGCUUCCUGAACCGCAACUUCCAGCGUGACCUGCAUUCCUUCCGGCUCUGCAAGAGGCUUUCGACAAGAGAGGAAGAAUACGACACCGUCGCCAUGUCCACCAUCCACAGCGACCUGUCCAAGGCGUCUCUGAAACUCAGCAGCACAGAUAUCUAAAAGAAGCUCUCGAGGUGCAGCUCUUUGGGCACUACGUCAUUUGGGUGCCACCAGAAAGGUGCAAGAAGCUACACGGUGUACGUGGUCGUGUCCGACGAUGAUCAAAUCCUACGCAAGAUUUGCAAAACGCAGUGCUUGCUGAAAUACCGUAUAAGAUAUACAAAGGUUCACUGGGACAGCGUCGGACCUUAAGUAAGUAGUUUAAGCCUUCCAGUGCUUUCCAUCUCGGAAAACGAAUGGAAAACUUCAAGAUAAAGGACUCUCCUAGGAGACUGACUUCAUAGUGUUGGAUCUCAUACAAAAACAAUGUUGGUUUGAAUGUCAGUCCGCUAGAGAGGCUCCAAAUAUAGGAGUGGAUUGAAAUGUAGGAAAUCACGAUUACUGGAUUUUACUGAACAAGAUCUGGUUGAGUUGCAAGGCUACUGAGUUAAAAUAGGAAUAGCUUUAUUGCAGACUAGUCCUUACUUUACAUGGAAUUUUAUAUUUCAGUUCUGUAUUUUUUAAUAUCAAUAUUGGUUUUACUGUAGCCAAAUCUUCAGAACAGAGUUACCACAGAGCAGUACUUGUUAUACACUCGUGAAUGUUACUGGUUUAUAUUUGUUCAUUCUUAUUUAGAAUAAAAUUUAGAAUAAAAAAAAAGAGUUAGAUUUAGAAAGACAGAUGAUUGUAAGACAAAAAAAAAACAAAACUUUGUGUUUGUCUAUUGUGACCAGCUAUGAAUGUAAAUGACAUGAGUUUGGUAUUGUAAUUGCUUAGGAGUGUUCAUUCUUGACAGUAAUGUUAUUUAGAGCAUUGUGGUCUGAGUAAUUUAAUAUUCUAGAGUUAUUCAUUGGUAUAAUCAUGAUACUUACGGUAUAGAGAUGUUUAACGUACACUCACUAGUGACUAAUACUAGGAAGACUCAGUUCUUCAUGGCAUGGAAUCUAUAACCUGUUGGAAAGUUCCUCUGAGAUUCUGGACUAUGGUGAUUGAUCUAUGAAGGCGCAUUCAUGUAGCAACCUUCAGGUUCUACUACAUCCCAAAGGUGCUCUACUGGAUUCAGAUCUUAGUGUCUGUGUCGUCGUGUUCACGGAACCAGUUUGGGACUUGCGCUUUGAGACAUGUCGCAUUAUCAUUCUGGAAGUAGCCAUUAUAUAAUGUAAGAUGGCAAUUUGUGGUCAUAAAAGGUAUGCACAUUAUCAGCAACAAUAUUCAGACAGGCUGUGGGAUUUAAACAAUACACGACUGGUAUAAAGGGACCUAAUGUGUGCCAGGAAAAUAUUCCCCACAACAUUACACCACCCCACCACCAGCCUGAACGGUUAAUACAUGGCAGGUUGGGUUGGUGGAUUCAUGCUGAUGACAUCAAGUUCUAAACUUACCAUCUGAGCAGAAAUCGAGAUUCAUCAAACCAAGCAAUGUUCAACUGUCCAGUUUCGGUGAGCCUUUUCACCACAGAAAUUUUGUUCACUGGUCUUCUACUGUUCUUGUCAAUCCACCUCGAGUUCCACGUGCUGUGCAUUCUAAGAUGCUUUUCUGCUCACCACAGUUGUAAAGAGUGGUUAUUUGAGUUACCAUACAUGCUAAAAAAUGCUGGGUUAUUUUUCUACAAAAGCACUGGGUUGAGCGUUUUGGGUCAUUUAACUGGGUUAUUUUCUCAGUCUUGGUAGUUAUUGGGUAGUUUUGUGCAACGCAACCACUGGGUAAUUGGUUGGGUCAUUUUCACUCACAGUUGAAUCAAUUCUGGUUCAUUGAAGAAGCAUGAAAAACAUCGAUUAAACCCUUUCCAAUAAAGAUCCGUAAAGCUCAUGUUUAUCUUAAAAAAUGAUCUUUAAAAUACAGUCUCCUGAAAAAGGGACGUUUCUAUUUUUGCCGAGUAUGUAAACACCACAUUAGCAGCUCCAGACAUAGCUCAAUACAUUUCUGAACACCUUCUUGUGUAGAAAUAAAGGAGAUAUCAUGUUGACAUAUUUGUUUAUAAUGUUGAUAUAUUUGACAUUUUCACAGGGUAAAAAUAGCCCUGAAAAUAUGAACCCAUUUAUGAAAUAAAAUGAACCCAGCAUUUUUGUAAAAAAAAAAAAAGAAAACAUACUUCGGGUUAAAAACAAGCCAUUUACUUGGUUUAAAAUUAACAACCGAACUUGAUGGGUUAGUUUAGCCCAAGCUGUGUUCUGUCCUAUAUUUACCCAGCCAUUGGGGUAAAAAUAACCCAAUUUGGGUUAUUUUUAACCCAGUGGGUUUUUUUUUUAGAAUCUAGCCUUCUUGUCAGUUCGAACCAAUCUGGCCAUUCUCCUCUGACCCUUCUCAUCAGCAAGGCAUUUCUCCCCAACUGCUGCUCAACAGAUGUUUAUUGCAUCCAUUCUGUGUAAACGCUAUAGACUGUUGUGCAUGAAAGUCCCAGGAAAUGAGCAGUUUCUAAAAUAAAGCAGUCUGAUCCGGCACCAACAACAAUUCCACGGUCAAAUUUCCCCCAAUUCUGAUGUUUGAUAUGAACAAGCUGCCACAAGAUUGGCUGAUUGGAUAAAUGCACGAAUAUGCAGGUGUACAGGUGUACCUAAGUAGUGAGCGUAUAUUUCAUACUCGGGACCAUAUUCAGGUAACUUUUUGGGUAUAGAAAUGUAGUGAAUUUUUCAAAUACUAUUUAUUUAAGACAAGUCUUAAACAAGAACGCAUAUAAUAUAUUGCAGGAUUAUGAGGUACAAUUGAGGUAUUUAUAAACAGAAUUCUUGUGCAUAUUGUGAAUUUCAGUGUGUGAAAUCAUGUCUUUCUGUUUCUAUUGAAUUUUUUUUUUCUUUUAUAACUGCUAUAAAAUAGUUAAUUGGAUAGCACCAAUUAUUAAGUAUCAUUAGUAAUGUUUUAAACAUGAGAUGCUGAUUUAGGGAACGCUUCAACCCUGACACAAGAGCUUAUUGACACUUUUCCCCAACGUGCCACAACACAGACAAUCAUGUCAGACAGAUUUAUAAACAGACGAUAGACACAAUGUGUGUGUGUGUGUGUGUGUGUGUGUGUGUGUGUGUGUGUGUGUGUGUGUGUGUGUGUUUUAGUCUGUAGGCACCAUGAAUUUGACAUUAAACGCUUCUUCGUACAUGUGCAUACAAGCAAGUCGACUGAUAUUGUGAUAGUGAUAUUUUUAGGCACAGAACAGAUUAAAUCUAUGGCUUACAGCGUGAUUUGAUUAAAACAUUUCCUAAUUAGCUGCAAUUUGUCUAAUUAUGUCUACAUGCAAGAUCAAAGGAUAUCAGAAUAUUAGAAAACAUGUGCUGUGUCAAAGUUUUUAAAGGAAGUGUACAGGAGGGGCAGAGUUCCAGACGUGGAAAUAGACCUUAAUAUAAGUCCAGGAUUGACAAUGCUCUUGGGUUAACUUGUUAAAGUACUUGCAGUAGAAUUGAAACUCAUUUUCAUCUCUGGUCCAGUGUCCAGAGUUGUUUUUCUAUGGUACAAUUUGGUAGCUUUUACUCCAGUGUAGAUUUCCUGUGGACUAUAUAAUGAUGUUCUAUGGAUCUUCGAACCAUUUUGAUUAUAGAGUCUCUAUAUGACUUAACCUUACUGAUUUCUCUCAUUGUGUCAAAUUCACACAG